UGGGACCUGUUGUUCAAGGACCUGACCCCAGCCUCUCCUCCUCCCAUCCACUCUCACCCCUCUGCUUGGCUUGAUCGGGUUAGGGGAGGGGAAUCUGGACCCCGAUCCGCCGGGAGGGGCCUGGCCCUCCAGCCGCAGCAGCGAUGUGGGGCGGGCGGCACGGGAACCAGACACCAACGAUGAAUAAAUGAUGCCCACUCGCGGCCUGCGACCAGAUCGCCACCGCGAGCGGAGCGCCGGCUGGCUGGCGGGGCAGUCACCGGGCCAACCGCGCCGGCCCCGCAUCGCUGGCUCCCCCCACCUGCGGCCUCGCCCCGGAGGAGCCGUGGCCGCGAAGAUGGCGGGGCAUCGGCGAGGUGCGGGGCCCCUCUGGGCGCUGGGCGGCGCCGCGCUGGGGGUUUGCCUCGCGGGGGUCGCCGGGCAGCUGGUGGAGCCCAGCACCGCCCCACCCAAGCCCAAGCCGCCCCCGCUGACCAAGGAGACGGUGGUGUUCUGGGACAUGCGCCUCUGGCACGUGGUGGGCAUCUUCUCCCUCUUCGUGUUGUCCAUCAUUAUCACCCUGUGCUGUGUCUUCAACUGCCGCGUGCCGCGGACCCGCAAGGAGAUCGAAGCCCGGUACCUGCAGCGAAAGGCAGCCAAGAUGUACACGGACAAACUGGAGACCGUGCCGCCCCUCAACGAGCUCACGGAAAUCCCCGGAGAGGAUAAGAAGAAGAAGAAGAAGAAGGAUAGUGUGGACACGGUGGCCAUCAAGGUAGAGGAGGAUGAGAAGAAUGAGGCCAAGAAGAAGAAAGGAGAAAAAUGAGGGCUUCCUGGAGGCGGCAGCUGGGGCUGGUUAGCCCUGGGGCUCGAGUCCUGGCUGGCGUCCAGGCAGCUUAGACUCCAAGCUCACACAUGGACCGCAGCAGCUGCAGAACACCCUCUUCUCAGCUCCGACGGGGUGGCAGAGGCCCCAUCUUUGCGCCUAUCAGGGGCAGAGACAGGACUGUCUCAGGUGUCUUUCCUCCCAGCAUGGACUCAGCUCUUGUCACCUUGCCCAAAUAGCUGCUCAGCCAAGGUGGCCUCUGGCCACUGUCCCCCUGCAGAUCACACCCACCCAGACAUGCCUCUGUCCCGUCUGCCAGGAACAGCAGCAGUGGCUCCACAGGGGAGAUGGGAAGCGGGUUCCCUCUGGGAAGGGGAUGGCUGAACUGGACGGGCUGGAGUGUGAGGCCAUGCCCAGGCUGGCCACAAGGAGGCAGAGGGUCCCUGGGGGAAGCUUCGGCUCUCAGACUUGGCAGACAGCAGCCAUGGUGGCCGGGGAACUGCUCUAGGCCCCGUGGGGUUUCUGGCCAGGGUGGUGAACACAGUGACCCAGAGGCAGGGGACUCUGGCCCAGCAAAUACCUACAUUGGGAGUGGGGGCUGCUGGGGACCUGAGCGUGAGGCAGGGGUAGCUCAGGACUGGGGGCUGCAAGGCUGGAUCAGGGGUGCAGAAGGUUGAGGCCAGCAGGCCAAAGGGAGAGGGGAAGAAAGCUGGUACUUGGGGCCCAUCUUGGGGGAUCCAGGGAGUCCUAGAGAAGCUCAGGGGAGGCUUGGGCCCUGUUGGGCGUCCCUUCUCUGUGGUGGGGGUGUCAGGGCCCUCGGGGGUCCCCACAGAGGGCAGUUAGGGGCCAGCCGCCCUGCCUCUGAAACCAAACAGCACACAGCUUCCUCUUCUAUCAUCCAGCUCUAGUGCCUCGAUGAACCGCUGCUGCCCAGAAGGGGGGUGGCGGCCUCAACACACCUGGAGACUGAAUCUUUGGGGAGGGGACAUUCGAGGGAUUUCUGCCGGGGUGUUCAGGUCUGGGCCUGGAAACUAAGAAGACACCAGAGGCUCCUGAGCUGGGAGCUGCUGGAAACGGUCUCACUGCCUCAGCCACCUGCAGAGACGUCAAUAAAGCUGAGUGCCUUCCGGUACCCAUGUGACCUGAGAUGGCCCCUCUGGA